ACAGAGAGAAGAGUCAAGAUCCAAUAACCCAUCAAAACCCAGCUGGAACCCUUCUUACUGAGCGAGGGUUCUGCAGUGCAAGAGGAGUGACUGUCUCUGCCUCUGCUUGUCACAUGCACUCACUGUAGUUGGAGGGGAACGUCAGACUGAGUGUGGGCACCCAGUGGCUGCUCAAUCCUGGACCAUGAAGCUUAGCGCGGCGUUGUUCUUCGCGGGGCUCUUUGGGGCGUUGGCAGCUGUGUUCAUCCUCCUCUCCUUUGGAACUGAUUACUGGCUGCUGGCCUCAGAGAGUUGCCCCUCAAACCGUAAUGGAUCUGCUGGCCUGGGCGGUGUGACCAUAGAGCCUGGAGAUGUGGUGCUGCAGGAGGGCACUCCUGAUAUCACUCUGUACCAUGAGGGCUUCUUCUGGAGGUGCUCGUUUGGAGGCAGCGUGGGUGAUGACAACCUGCUGUGGAAGCUCUGGUUCACAAAUCAGCCUCACUCCAAAGUGUGCAUGCACGCCUACCUCUUCCCAUUCCCAGUGUCUCACCAGACCCACAAUGCCACAGAGUAUGAUUCUGCCAUAAUCUACAGAGGCUUCUGGAGCAUCUUUAUGCUCAUUGGUGUGGCAGCUGUAGUGCUCGGUGGGUUCGUCAUCAUCUGCGCUGCUCCGUUCGCCAGCCACCGCCUGUACAAAGCAGGAGGCGGCCUCUUCCUGGCAUCUGGCCUUUUCCUGCUGUGUGUGGUGGUGAUGUACGUACUGUGGCUGCAGGUGUUGGAUGUGGUGGAUGUCUACAUAGACCACCAGCGCUCUGCAGUGUGUCCGGGCUUCCAGCUGUCCCUCAACUAUGGUCUGUCCUUCAUGUUUGCCCCGGUUGGCAUCUUCUUCUGCCUCCUGGCCGGCCUUCUUUUCCUCCUCAUUGGCCGAACAAUCCAGAUUCAUUACCACUGACUUUAGCCAGCAGCAAGUUGGAGGAAGAGUAGGGGCUUGAGAAGUUUGGAGUACAAGUGUUUCUCUUUCUUUUUUCAUAUACUUUCCCCAUUUUGUCUGCCAGGUAAAAGCAGGACUCUGUAGAUACUAUAUGGCAGCUCUGUGUGGAAAUGAUCUGACCGUCUUGAGCACUUUGUUCCAGAAUAAACCUUCCAGCCAUUGACAAGCUCAGAAAAGGCAUCACAAUUACUCCACCCUGAGCUACUUUCACUUGAGCUAUAUGUAGGUAGUAGACUACAUGAGGAAUUCUCUACCAGCCCAAUCACAUGCACUGUGCUGUUUAUUGUAAUAACUGUGGUGCCUUACACCUUUGUUUGAAUCUUGUGUGUUGGUAGCUGUGACACAGAUGACAUUUAGUAGAGACACUAGUUUGGUCCAGUAAAUGUUGGUUUUGCAGAAUAUCAUCAGACAUAUCCUCUAAUAUAAAAAUAUAUUCAUAUUUCACUGAGUGUAUCUUGCUUAAUUUUUCCUGCUUUUUCUGCAGCAUCACUAUUUCUGUACAUAGACUGAAACUGUGCUGCUAUUUGGUCAUAUGUUUUCCUGUGUGACCAGUUUAUUGAGCACAGUUUAUUUUGUUUAUAAGUGGAGCUUGCAGCACGAUUUUAAUCAUAUUUAUGUUGUUGACUUUUGGUUGUACACGUUUUUACCAUCCUUGAAUUGUUAAGUGCGUUGUGAGAUUGUGACAUAAGAUAUCAGUCUGCCAAUAA